AUGAGGAACCGUCGCUCGAGAACCGUGGAACGCUUGAGGAGGCACCGUCGCUCGAGAACCGUGGAACGCUUGAGGAGGCACCGUCGCUCGAGAACCGUGGGGGUAUCGCCGCUCGAGAUCCGUGGAACGCUUCAUGAGGAACCGUCGCUCAAGAUCCGUGGAACGCUUGAGGAGGUAUCGUCGCUCGAGAACCGUGCAACGCUUGAGGAGGAACCACCGUUCGAGAACAGUGGAACGCCGGAAGAGGUACCGUCGCUCGAGAAACAUGGAACACCGGAAGAGGUAUCACCAGUCGAGAGCGGUGGAACGCUUGAGGAGGAACCGUCGCUCGAGAUCCGUGGAACGCUUGAGGAGGUACCGUCGCUCGAGCACUGUGGAACGCCGGAAGAGGUAACGCCGUGCGAGAGCAGCCUGUCUGGAAUCCCGUCGAUGAUCCGCAAGUGCAGGGUGGGCACGUUGCGGCACGCCCGACACACGUCUAGAGACGCCAGCUGA